AUGGGCAAGUACGUGGAGCUGCUGGACAUGGGCGUGCGCAUCGCCGCGCGGUUCCACUCCCACUGCCCGCAGACCGCGCGCCUCUACUACCACCCGCCCGCCGGCACCGGGUCCCCCGCGGCGGCGGCCGGCGGGGACGGCCGCAAGGGCGACUCCGCCACCGCGUCCGCGGCGAUGAUGAUGAAGAAGCAGAAGUGGCAGAGGUUCGACGCCUCCGAGAUCAUCCUGCACACCGUCGUCUAG